AUUCCCACGUUUUCCCAAGAGCACCCGAACCCAGCCCACCAAUUACUUAUCAAAAUCCACCGACCUACCCUUCUCCCCACACGCUCGUCUCCUCUAUAUAGUCUGUAGACAACCCACUCCCCCUCCCACAGUCACGAUUCGUUCCUCAAUUCUUUUCACUCCAUUUGAAAAUGUCUUUUCUUGUGUCCAAACCCCAGCCAUCUUCUUCUGAUUCUGAGAAAAUCACCAACAGCGACGAUCGAGAGGACUCCGACACACUCCUUACUGUAACAAGCUAUCUCCACUUGAAACCGGCUCAAUCCUCUCAGACCCUCGACAAAGACCUCGUUCUCCGCCGCAUCCGUCACCGUAAGCGCGUCAACAAGGUUCGAAACCUCUUCCAAACCCUCGUCAGCUCGCCGUUUUCGACCACUGAUUCGUUCCGUGUCCAGGAGAAGAAGUGGGUCGAUGACGCUUUUGCUGCACCUUAGCCGCCCUUGAGUCCCCGGCAAAUGAUCCAUUUUGGUGAUGGGGAGUGUUAGCACAGGUUUCUUCUGUAGUUAUGUGAAUGACUGUUUGUGCCAACCUUUCCGGUGCAUUGCAUCACAGUUCGGCGGGGUCGAUGCAGGCACAGAGGAGUUUUUUUUCUUGUACAGUAAUGAACUGGUUGAAAGGAGCUUCUUUUGUCAGCUGUCCGUACCUGCUCUAGUUCUUCUGUAAAUAAUUUCUAGAAAUUGCUUUGAUGAAGCUUUUUUUUAGUAUGUGUCCUAAUAAAUUCCAGUUCCAUUUUCAGAAAUGAUCGAAAA